ACAAAAAUAUGAUUACAAAAAACACAAAUAUGAAAAUUAAAUUUCUAAAAAAAUGUAAAACAAAAAAUAUACCCGUCAAAAUCUAGUUACUUCGUAAAAAGCUAGUCCCUACAUAUUCUAUUGAUUUUAAUUAUUCGUUUACUAAAGACCUGCAUAUACACCUCUAAUUCUAUAAUCUAUAUAUAGGUGUGUGCCCUCUUCUCCGUUCUUCACUUCACUCCAACGAGAACUUACUACUUGGAUUGAUCUCUUCAUAUUUUCUUUAACUUCUUUUAAUUUACACUUAGGGUUUUCAAAGUUAGAGAGGGAGAGUGUGUGUGUGUUGAGAGAGAUGAUGCAUACUCCGUACAAUACUUCAACACAGGGGCAAUAUUGUCAUUAUUGCGCAAUGUUCCACCACCAUAGCCAAAGCUGCUGCUACAACAACAACAACUCAAACGCCGGCGUUUACGAGCAGAACGGCGAAGAUUAUUACUCUUCCUCCGUCGUUGACUGCACUCUAUCUCUUGGCACUCCUUCCACACGUCUCUGCGAGGAGGAUGAGAAUCGCAGACGCACUACUUCCUAUGGUCCUUCCUCUUGCAUUUCCAACUUCUGGGACUUGAUUCACACCAAAAACAACAACUCCAAUACGAAGCCGUCUUUUGACUUCCCUUCUUUCUCCACUGGUAAUCCCAUCAAGCCAACACGCGGUUGCCCCAGCGGUAACGGCGGUGGCGACUCUCUCCUCGCCCGACGCUGUGCCAAUUGUGACACCACUUCGACUCCACUCUGGAGAAAUGGUCCUAGAGGCCCUAAGUCCCUAUGCAACGCAUGCGGCAUUCGUUUCAAGAAGGAAGAGAGAAGAACCACGGCGGCUUCAGGGAAUGCCGUCGUCGGAGCCUCACCUGUAGCAGGCGAUCCGUACGGACAUCAUAACGCCAGCUACAACAUUACCACUAGUCACAACAACAGUGGUACUUCGUGGGCUCAGCACACGACGCAGAGGGCUCCGUGCAACUAUCCGGCAAACGAGAUCAGGUUCAUGGAUGAUUACAGCAGCCCUGGAGCUAAUAAUAACGGUGACUCUGACGGUAGCCACGGCGGCGUUCCGUUUCUUUCGUGGAGGCUAAAUGUAGCAGAUAGGGCAAGUCUUGUCAAUGACUUUACGAGAUGAAAAAGAAAGAGAAAUUGACGUUAGAUUCUUAAAAUAUCCUUGUAGUUUAAUUAUUUAUUAUGUCUCGUUUUCUAAAAAAACGAAGAAAAUGUUUGAAAAGAGAUUGUUAAAAUUAGCGUUUUUAUUUUUUGUAACUAUUUUUUAUUUAAUUUAAUAUUUUUUAAUUAAUAAUCUAUGCUUUACUUUGAUU